AUGUUCAAGAUUCUUCCGAUACCAGCCACCGCUUUGGAGCCGCUCAACGAGAUGUUAGUCGCUAUACGCUAUGGUCUCUAUCCUACGCUUCUCGCGAUGUGGGUCAACCCCAGUCUAUGGGGAAUUCAUCGACGGGAAGUCCGAGCCCGGAUAUCAAGAACUUUUUUCUUUCACGUAUGGAGACGUGUGGCCGAAGACACUGAUCAACGUCACCGGGAUCGGAAGUUAAAACUAAUUAGUCGACGAGCCUUUGGUGUGGUACUAGACGUUGGGGCUGGACUUGGUCAUGCCCUUCGCUAUCUUGAUCCUAGACUUGUAACUUUAUACAUUGCCUGUGAGCCAAAUAAGGCCAUGCACCCUGCUAUUCGAGUUGAAGCAAAAAAAGCUGGCUUUAGAGUGCAACAAUGUGUGAUCUUUCCUAAUCCGGCCAACGAGCUCCAUCAUCUCAUUGCCGCUAAACAUCCGAAUCUCUUGCCGGGAUCCGUCGACACGAUUAUAUCGGUUCUGUCAUUUUGUUCGAUACUCCAUCCUGAGCAAGAGCGUCUCGAUUACUCCAAGUGGAGAUCAGAUCACCAAGCAAUUUCGCAGGUGAUUGGGACAUUACUGAAACCCAAAACAGGCAAGGUUUUAUUCCACGAACUCGUUCCUAAUGAGUCCUCACCUCAAAUCCGCGCGUGGCAAAGGUUUUGGUCGCCCAUCAGAUCUAUCUACUUUGGCGGUUGUCGACUGGAUGUCCCUUGCUUUCAAAUCUUGAGGGGUUUGGGUGGCUGGUCCCAGGCAGAAACUUGGAAUAGUUCCAACGAGGAUCCAAACACCCUUUUCCCCCACCAAACCGGUGAAUUAAUUAAAGAAUAA